AUGCCUCGGACGAGUGUUCGCGAGCGAGGCGAAUGUUUGCAGAUAUCUUCAUCGAGUUCAAGCGCCUACUUGCCGCAAAGAUCUGCAACUGUCCCUUCCCGUCUGACUCGAGAAGCUCAAUGAACGUUUUCCAGCUCAUCAACAAAGACCCAGCGUCGAGGUGCUCCCACUGUCAGAACUCUCUCCAAGGAACCAAACCGGUGAAAGCGGAUAGAAUCUCGUCGACAGGUGAUUGUGUGGCCAGAAUAUAUUACGCAACCCAGAGUGGACCCGCGCUCCGAUUGAAGACAACCCAGAUAAGCUUCAAGGACAGGAGCGAUCGAGACACUUUUGUGCAGAUGACUGCUUCCGAGCUGCAGCCCCUGAACAGACCAAAGAAACUUCUCGUGUUCAUCAAUCCAUUCGGUGGGAAGAAGAAAGCGCGCAGCAUCUACUAUAAAAAGGCUUCCCCUGUUUUCCAAGUGUGCGGAAUCCAAUGCACGGUGGUGAUCACGACCCAUCCCGGCCACUCCAAAGAAUACGUCCUGGAAAAAGAUGUCUCGUCCUACGACGGCGCCGUCUGCGUCGGAGGAGACGGUAUGGCGAACGAACUAAUCAAUGGACUCAUGCAAUUAGCUCAACGCAAUUUGAAAGGCUCCGUCAUCGCUUCGAGCCCCCCCACAGCCUCUCUCCCUGUAGGAGUCAUUCCGGCUGGCAGCACCGAUGCCCUCGUCUGCACAACGACCGGCACGAACUGCGCCGUAACGAGUGCGCUGCACAUCGCCAUAGGAUCUCGAAUAAAUAUAGAUUUGGGGAGUAUUCACAGCGGCGGUCGCCUUGUGCGUUACUUCGCCGGUUUCCUGUCGUAUGGCUUUUUCGGUGACAAUAUUCAGACCGCUGAGAAAUACAGAUGGAUGGGCCCGUUACGUUACACCUGGACUGGUUGGCAGACAUUCCUGAAAAAUCAAUCAUACUCAGGCCAGCUCCGGGUGAAGGUCGUCGACGACUCUCAUGAAAGACACCAAAUGCCAGUUUGUUUGGAAGGUUGUGAGCGCUGUGCGACUACCCCAUCGAAACCUCCGAAUAUGCAAGGUUCGCGGGAAACUGUUUAUGAGGGUAAGAUGCUCUCUGUCAGUUGUGCUCUUAUAGCCAACCGGUGCUCGAAGAGCCGGGCUGGAUUUUCGCCAAAAGCUCAUCUGGGCGACGGCCUCAUGGAUCUCUGCGUAGUUCAAGAGUGUUCGCGUCUCAACUUCCUGCAAUUCCUCGCGGCCAUCGGCAACAGUUUCCGCCAAGACCCGUUCGACUUCAGUUUCGUCCGAUCGUAUCGAUCGUUGUCCUUCGAAUUCGUGCCGAUCGGUGACAGAAAACAGAACUCCGUAUGGCAUUGUGAUGGAGAGGUUCUUCACAACUGCACAGAAAUCACUGUGAAGUGUCACAACCAACUUCUGACGUUGUUCGCAUCCGGGGUGCAGAGUCCAGAACUUUCAUCUUCAUUAUCUAGGACUUCGUCCGUGAGCUCCGAAGUUCACGGCAUUCAAUCUCAGCGGAAGACCCUGGAGAAAACCUACUCCGACAGUCAAAUAUGCACGAAAGUCAUCUGUGGAAUGUGA